AUGGCGGUGGUGGAUCUCGCUGAGAUUCCCGAUGUGGACAUCGACUCUGACGGCGUCUUCAAGUACGUGCUGAUUCGAGUCCACUCGGCGCCACUUUCCGACGCCCAAGCUGCGGAAAGCAAAGAAAUCGUGCGCGGCUACAAGUGGGCCGAGUACCACGGUGAGGCCGACAUCUACGACAAGGUGUCAGCCGAGAUACAGAGAAAGGGUUACGGCUGCGAGUGCCUGGGCGGCGGGCGGAUCUCCCACCAGAGCCAGGACAAGAAGAUCCACGUGUACGGCUACUCCAUGGGCUAUGGACGUGCCCAGCACUCCAUCUCCACGGAAAAGAUCAAGGCCAAGUAUCCUGACUACGAGGUCACCUGGGCAGAUGACGGCUACUGA